GGCAGAUAAAGCGUUAUACUGUACACGUAUUGCUCGUAUUGCAAGACCUCGCUCGUUUAUCAAAUUAUUAUUCAUUUAAAAAAUUUUGCUCGUCUUGCAAAACACUCGCAGACCAAGUUACUCGCAAUCCAAGGUUUCACUGUAUUUUGAAUAUUACGUGCCUAUAAUCAUUGGACUAGAAAUAACCUGGACCGUCGUCUUUUAAUUUGUAUUUCUGUUGUUAAAUAACAUCUUUGGCGAACAGAAGGUUCCUUUUCAGCUGUGACAACCAAAGCGAGUUUGUUGGAAACGGCAAAUGAAUGGAAGCACAGAGCCGAGCAUGCGGGGGGGGGGGGGGCGGAACGCGACCUCAUCUUCAUCCUUUUGCACUACAAUUAAAACAAUGAAGAGGUGACGACGACGACCUCUGUCGGUGUGAUUGUGAGAUCUGAAUCAUUUAAAAAAAAGAGACCAAGCAAGCGACGGCCGUCUUCUCCGACAAACUUCGCUGUCCUUUGAAGACAACAUCGCCAACAACAGAGGCGGCGUUCGCCGGCCGGACUUGUCGCUUUCUCACCGGCGCCGGUGAACGAAACGGUAACGAGGAUGGGAGUUGUUGUGAUAUGUGACGAGGACAACAGCAACAACAACAACAACAAAGAAAUUCCCCUCAAAAACUUUUGUCAAUUCAUCUCUGGAUGAGGACCUCCCCCGUACGCCUAUCCAAUGAAGGUCGUGUCGGGGUGGUGGGGGCACUUUGGCGUACAGCGCUUCACGAAGCAAGGUCGUUUUUUGUUCUUUCUGGAGACAAGAGUGGACUUGGCACCAUACAAAUACGGAACAAUGGAUUCUGCUGCACUGCGGCUCAGCUUCCUGCAUUUGCUGGAGUGCCAUGAAGCCGGUUUUCUCAGGGUGUGGCCACUUUCAGAAGUAAUGGCAUCUCCCUGGCAACCCGUUGACGGGCCCUCUGUGUUGGCAACACCGAUGGACUCUGGUCACCUGCAUGUUUACUAAUUGCAGAGGAACUCUUGCAUACAUAGCUUCACAACUCAGAAAGAACAGAGGCAGGGAUUCAAGUAAAAAAGACGACAGUGAGUUGGCAUCUCUUCCUCCGUGGGAAAACUCGCAAGUCCUCGGUCACGAUGGCCACCGUAAUCGGGGAACAGAUUGGCCGGGCCUACAUCAACUUGGCUCGCCUGCCGAGCGUGCUGGCAGCGUUAGCCAACCGCCCACUGUCGUCGUCACCUUCGUCCCCCACCAUCUCGUCAGUGUGCCGCACUUUCCGAGAAGUGCCCAUCGUCUUCCACGAGAAGUACAUCACGUCUGGCUACCGGCCGCCGGGCCAGCCGUGGCGCUUCUACGCGCUGAGCCUUUUUGCUCGGCACAACGAGAUCGCCAACGUGUGGACGCAUCUCUUGGGCACGCUUCUUGUGCUGGCCCGCGUCGGCAAGAUCCCUGAGUUGGCCGCCACCCGCGCAGACAUCGCGUCGUGGCCUUUCUUUCUCUUGGCACUUUCUGGAGCGGCCUACAUGGCGCUGAGCACGGUGGCGCACCUCUUCCACUCGCGCUCCGAGUUGGCGCACUACGGCUUCUUCUUCCUCGACUACGUGGGCGUGGCGCUGUACCAGUACGGCAGUGCUGUGGGACACUACUUCUACUGCGCUGGACCCGGUGGCUUUGCGUUCCUCCGCGACGAUGUCUACCUGCCAACUACCUGGAUGCUCGCGUGGCUCUCCUGUGCUGGGUGUUGCUUCGCCAACCUGUGCUUCCGAAUGCCCCACUCACUCGGGCGCAAGCUUUUUAAGGUGCUACCGUGUGCUGUGGCGUAUGUGGUGGUCAUCUCGCCCAUCGCUCACCGUCUCGUCACAUCAAGCCCAAACCACGAUCCAGCAUUCGUCUUCCACGUAGCUCAGGUGGCCUUCUUUCUGCUGUCGGCUGUAUUCUUCACAUUCCCACUACCAGAGCAGCUAAAACCGGGCCGCUUCAACGUGCUGGGGCACAGCCACCAGAUCUUCCACGUGCUGCUGUCUUUGUGCACGAUCACGCAGAUCGAGGCUGUUCACUUGGAUUUUUUAAAGCGUCACAAUGGAAGGAAUCACUCCGACGUUGAGGUGAGGUGGGCUCUGAUGUCCUUUGGAGCGCUGGCUGGACUCAGCAUAGCCACUGCUGCACUGUGCACUUUACAGAUGAGGAAGCAGCUCGCCAAUAAGGACAAGUAGGGAGCUUUCUGUCUUGUCCUGAGGCUCAUAGAUGUUUCAACAGCUUAAGAUUUGCACGAUCAGGGCAUGAAGGUACUUGCCCCCACGAUGCUCUGCGGGGCAUGUGCAGUUACAGUGCGUAUGGGAGGGGGUUAAUGGGUGAGCAUAUAUACAGCUAGGGCUGCGAUUUUGGCACGUAGUUCAUGGUGGUCACGAAUAUUGUGAAUUUGAAUAUAAAGUUCAUUUAAAAUUGAGAUAUGUCAGGGUAGGGGAAGGGGGCAUUGCUCCACAGGAUUUUGUGAAAUUUCUGUCAUUUUUCUUUUGCACCUCAAACGUAAAUUCUGCUAAACAUUACAAUGCCAAAAUCGUACCCUUAUGUAUAACACCUUAGUAAGCGCACAGUACAUUGGUGAGUGUGUGCAUGUUCUUUCAAUGAGCGGAGGUUUGCACCUCGUGCAACAUGCAUGGGUUAUUGUCUCUGUGACACGAGAGAGUAAUUGACAAACACUCAGUGGGUGUAUCUCGAGAAUGUAUGCAUGUUGAACUUCUUUCGCACCGUACGUAGUCAACCGUGAUAAUGCAGGUGGAAGGACAACAAAAAAAUAUGGUAAGAAUGUGCUGGGUAAGUCUGUAUUAGUGUAUUGUGUAUGUGUUGUACAUUGUGUCUUCAAUACCGGGCAAGUUCCUGUUAUUUCCAUGAAGACCAAACUUUAGCCAAAUUUACAGCUUAUGUUGUUUACGUUGCUCGGUGUAAAAUGAUUUACAUUGGAAAAGAAAUAUGAGGAAAGGUAAGAAGAAUACACCACUGAAAUCAAUGCAAAUAAAUCACAGGUGAAUUCGCGGAAGUCGCAAUCCAAUACCAGAGUGGUUGCUGUACGGUGCUCGACUAAGACUGUAACUGGCGGACGACGUUCCAGCGCAGCGUGGAGAUGCAGUGAACAAUAAGUCAUCGCUUUGUACGAUGUUCAAUUCUUCUUAACGUUUGGAGCACGGUUUUUCAUCAAAUUAAAAUACAUAUUUAGAGGCACCCCAUAAAACGCCAUUAUAUGCAGGAAAUUGCAUAUUCACCCAUGUUAUUUCCAUGAAACACUGUAACACGGUACAGUACUAUAUAGUAAGACAGCCAUUGUACUGGCAUUUGCUUGUGAGAUUGAGAAAGUGUGAAUUAAUGAGCGUGAACCUGUGGAAUUGUGGGUUUUAUUUGUGAGCGAAAAGCUAUUGUGUGAUAUAUUGCAGACUGGACAGUGAUGUGUGGUUGUCAUUACUCUAGUGAGAAAUUGGUAGUGUGUGCGUGCAUGCAUGUGACAUUAACACGAAUGCAGUGUGCUAUGUUAAGUAGUAGCAAGUGACCCACACGUAUCCGUGUUGGUCCCAAGGUGAAUGCGUGUAACUAGUAGCCCAUAAAGGGUAGCUUGAAAAAUGUGUAAGCUGGUAACUGAAUGCACAUUUUUGUCUGAUAACGGAGAGCCAGUAAGAAUGUGAUGUGGAUGGGAAGUUAUUGUGCACGUGUAACGUGACACAGCCACACAGAAACGACGCCAUCUUGAAUGUACAUGUGAAUUCAUUGAAGGAGUAUGAUGCACUGGUGCGUACAUGUUUUGUGCUUUGGCAUGUGAAUUCACGAGCUUGAACGUGAUGAGAAUGGGACAUUAGUGAGGUCGAGGGCAUGGCGUGUGUUACCCAUUGGAGAGUAGUUUACGAUUGUCAUGUGCAAUGACGCGCACACGCUAACAAUUUCUGUGUUGAGUGGGUGGCGUGAUGGAAGGCAUAUUGCACAGGUGUGUGUGUGUGGGCCGUUGAUGGGGAGUGUGUUAUACAUGCCAUUAAAUGGGCCAUCGGUACACUUAACAGUUAAUAACUAACACUGACGAGUGUUAACAAAAUUUACAUUUUAUUAAGCAAUUCUUUUGCAUGUGUUGGCUGCAUGCGCAAAUGUAUUAAUGAUGCAACUUAGCCUAAAAGGAAUUUGAAGAAGCAUUUUGAAUAGAGUGCACUAUUAGCAACGUUGUUACUACAGAUGUAUAGAGUUAUAACUAUACUGUAUACGUACAGUAAUCUUGGUGUGCACAUAUAUUUAUAUACAGUGUAUACUCUUAAUGUGCAGUAUACAGCAGUGAUUCUCAACCUCAUCUUGUUGGACUUGGGACCUCUUUAAACCACUACUGAAAUGCCACUGAACCUGUCAACCUGUAUUUGUAGCCAAAGCAAAUAAUUAGACACCAUAUUGAGAUUGGUGUAGAAGCACAGAUAAAAUAAAAUCACCACCUACUUCAUUGUAACGCCGCUUCCAGCUAUGCCAGUGAAAUUUGUUUUUGCACUAUCUUCCGAAGAAGAAUCGUCACCCAAAAUACCCUUCCAUGACAGUAUUGUACGCCACACGCCUUGCUGUUAUAGAGUGGUGUCAAUGACGAAGGUGGUGAGUUGCUCUGACAGUUGCAUCGUUGGUUAGGGUUGGGGAUUAGUAUAGUAGCUGGUGUAUAGAUUAAUUGCAACCUCCUUGUCACUUUCAUACCCCUGCAAGAUCCUUUGGUCUUUCAGUGACCCUUAAUGAUACCUGCAGCCCCUUUAGGGGUCUAUGGAACCCUGGUUGAGAACCCAUGGUAUAGAGCAAAGUCCUUUAUAGCAUAUGCAACUAAUUUCAACCUUUGACUAUGUUAAUAUCAAUUAUAAUAAUAGCUUAAUAGGUAAAGUUAAAUAUGUUUUCCUUAACUGGAAAGGUUUGGCCUUGUUGCUGAGUGUUAAUUAUCAGCCUUGAUAAUAAUUAAUGGUCAUACUCUUUGGUUCUUUCGGUAAAGUCACGUAGGUAGAAAAAAUAAUAGCUCACGACGUUUCGAUCGCCACACAUGCAAUCGUCUUCAGGUGGGUCAUUAAUAUCGGUUUCCCAUCAUGUUUUUUUUUCAUAGGAAUAGGCUGACUUGUAAGCAGAACACCAGAGGUGUGUCAGUUUUACAAACAGAUUUAGGAAGACGAACCCGUUUUAUAAUUUUCCUAUUAUAACACUUGUACACAUUUUGUUAACGGAAAUCACUGGAAAAAGACGUGAAUAUCAAAGACAUAUCAAUGAUCAUAACCGAGCCAUUAAUUAUGACAAGACAUUUGAGUCGGUGUAAAUUGAUGCAAUCAUUUCUCUCGCAAACUCGAGGCCUAAAGACAUUUUCUCAGAAAUAAUAAAAUCCCGAUUAUAAGGAUGGAGCAGCUUCACUUGAGGGUGGAUGAACAAAGUAACAAAAUGCAUGCAAAAUGGGGAGUCAAGGUGACACAGGUGUCAGUCAUUCAGAGCUGCAUUAGAAUGUUUACUGAACAUCUUAUUGGAAAAAUGUAAUGCUUAAAUACAGAGACUACUCUACUUACGAACAUUCGACCUUCGAACUUUCAGGUAUAUGAACAAACCUGUCCGCAUGUCCGGUUGUCUGUUCGGAUCGUGUACAAUAUGUUUGGAUCGAGAGGAGUAAAGUUGGACUUAUGAAUAAAUCUACUUACGAACAGAACUCUGGAACCGAACUCGUUCGUAGGUAGAGGAGUCCCUGUAUAGGCGAUGUCAUAAUUACGAGAUAUGGAAAUUAACACUAGGAAAUUAUAGAAGAACGUAAGUUUAACAAAUCUGCAAAGUGGGGCUCGAGAUAAAUGUGCAAAAACGAAAGUCAUGUACAUUAAGCGUGCUGAACAGUAAAAUGUUAUCUGUCGGACAACUGAAAACGCUUAAUUUGGGAUCAAAGCGAUAAAAUAACACGGAUGAGGGCAGGUUGGAGUGCUUUUUGGAAAAUGAAAAACAACAGUGUUUCUAUACUCUUUGGUUCUUUCAGUAAAGUCACGAAGGUAUCAAAAUAAAUCACUACGUUUCGGGCGCAACACAAGCGUCCAUCAGGUGUGUUGCGCCCGAAACGUGGUUUAUUUUAUUUUAUACCUACGUGACUUUACCGAAAUAACCAAAGAGUAUGGAUUCCUGCGGUCACGAAAGCUUCAAAUCAAGUGUUUUUCUAAAGAAGACGGGUUUUAAUCGGUGCACUGUAUAUAACCUGCUAUGGGCACGGAUGAGUAACGUGGACAUUGACCAAAAAGAACAAAAGCUGAAAAGUGCACAAUGCAUGGAGAGGUGUGCAUGUUUGGGGUUACGUUGAAAGGCAAAAAAGGAACGUGUAGAUUAGAGAAUGUCUGCAAAGUUAAAGACAUUUACUGUAAACAAAAAAAAUGGGCUUGGCCCAGUGCAUGACUUCAUUCGGGAUGCUGGCCGGUGGUUGAGACUCAAGAUAACAGUAUGGCUCAUCACGUCUGCACUGCUUGUCUUUAAAAUGCAGCGUAGCGAGCCGGGACUUCAUCCGUAUGAUUAAUCUGAGUGGCGUUAUAGCCCAUUGCAUUUGCACCCUUUUAUAACUGGAAAGCAGUACACGUAUAUUAACGCCUUUCAUUUACGUUAUUAAUUUACGAGAGACGUAGUUACACUGGAUUUUGUUUUACAUUUUGUUGUGCUUCAUUAACCAUUUGAGAUUAUAUCUUUUUUUGCAGUGGAGAAU